CUAAGAAGGGCGACCUGUCUGCCGAACUGCUACAUGUCUUCCUUCCACUCACUUAAGUUGUCAUCACAUCGAUGACCUGGUUAACCUUGAAUCCAGUUGUCUCCUUGUAUGUGUUGUGAUCCAUAUAUAAGGAGGUAGAGCAGCAGGACCAGAACAAUUCUAUCAGCAUCCUCGUCCAAUCCAUUGAAUUUGAGAAGAGCAUAGCCGAAGAGAAGGCAACAAUGGCCAGUUCUACUAGCAGAGACUUCCUUUCAUGUUCGUUCAGUCAGUCUGCCAUCCCAAGUUCAACCAACAACGCUAUGGAUCGUAGAAGAGCUGCAAAAACUCAAUACUUUUGUAGAAUCAUCAGUUUCGACAGUUCCCUCCAUGACAAGGGAGAUGAUUUCCAAUGGAUUGAGGCAGCUUGCUAAUAUGCAUGAUGGCAUUGAGGAUCUUCUUCGCCUUCCAAGCAUCCAACAAGGCCUAUUCUACUCUGACCAGAGGAAAUGGUUGGAGGAGGAUGUGGAGGGAUUAAUGAGGUUACUGGACCUCUGUGGCACCAUGAAGGAUGCAACCACCACAUUGAAAGAGUAUGUUCACGAUCUUCGGUUUGCACUUGGAAGAAGAGGUGACAACUCUACUGGACAAAGGGUGCAGGAUUACGUUCGCUCGAGGAAGGAGAUACAGAAGAUCAUUAAGAAAAGCUAUAAAGAUUUGAAGCAAAUGGAUGGCAGAUGUCAACCAGCCUCUCUGAUCUCGCAAGACCCGAAUCUCUCGGUGGUCUUAAAUGUGUUGAAUGAGGCAAGAGAGAUUACUAUAUCUCUUCUUUGCUCAAUAUUGUCUUUGAUGUUCUUGCCAAAGGCAAAAACUAGCAGGUGGUCUUUUGCGUCAAAGACCAUGAGAGUGGCAUGCAAGGAGGAUUUAUGUGAAAUGUGGGAUGUAGAUGUCUCACUGCGUGCAGAUCUUAAAGAUGCAGAUGCUGAGAAGAUAAUGAUGGUGCAGAAUCAGCUAAAGACAAUUGAGAUCAGUUUUGGAGAUGUUGAGAAUGGUUUAGGAUGCUUGUUUCGGAGACUAAUCCAAAACCGGGUAUCACUUCUUAACAUUCUCAGCCCCUAGAUGCUCAUCAAUCACUCUGCACCUCAUACACCUCAUUGGCAUCCGCAUUUCAAAGGAUAAGCUAAUGAGUUCCAAUUUUGCUUGUUGUAUGUGUGAUGUAAAAUUGUACAAAAGAAACACAGGUUUAAAUGGAAAUGGAAUACUCAAACGUCGAAGUUUUACUUGGCCUUCAUUUGUUGGACCUUUUACUGCCCUGAGAUAUCAUCUUUCAAUUUGUUGUUUAUUAUCCACUAAGUUGGUUUCUGUCUAUUUAAAGAACUUAG